GCUCUGGUGUCGUUUAGAUAAAAUGAAAAUCAAGGUCAAAGAAGAAACAGAAGAUAAAUCUGAAGGACGUGUAAUUGAAAAAAGAAAAAAGAAAUGAGUUUAAAAAAAAAAAAAAAGAUUAACCAGAAGGUUCUUAGUAGCCUGAGGAGUCAGAAUUUUGUAAAAGGGGUUACCAUCUUGGCAGACACUGAUUGAGACAGCCCCAUUAUAAGGAAAAUCUGCUAGUGGCUUACAUUGGGAAAAGGAAGUUUACUCUACCCACCUGGAAUUCUUCCCUCAAGUCCAGAGUUCUAGAAAGCAUAAGAAAAUAUAAGAGGGAGAAGGAACCAGUCUCCUAUACAUUAAGAGAAAAUAAGGUCAAUUAUUUCCUAUCUCCAUUGCACCCAUGAGAAGUAGAGGCUUUUACUCCUCAAUUCUGUAAUUUGGAAACCAAACCACAGAGGAAAGAAGUGACUUGUCUAUCUAUAUCCAGGGAGCCAGAGCCAAAAAUUGGAGCCAGUUCUCCCAACUCCUACCCUACCCUCUUGCUCCUCUGCAUCCCAACUGCAGAGUUCAACGUUGAACUCACACACACAAGGAAAUUGGACAUUUGCUGGCGAUUUCUGGGGAUCAUAUUUUUAGGAACAGAAAGGGAGAGAGAAAUCCAGGCCUGCUACUCUGGAAAAACUGGCAGACCUCAUGAUAAUUUAGCCUGCUUAGUGAAGGUCAUCAUCAAGGAUCACGAAAAAAAAAGUUUCUGAUCAAUUUCUUGGUCUCUUUGAAUAUAGGCCUCAAAGCUGGCUGAGUAGCUGGCUACCUACGUGGUGUCCUACUUCAAUGUCUCAGCUGAAGAAUGUGGAGUCCAGGAUUCUACAGUGUCUCCAGAAUAAGUUCUUGGCCCGCUAUGUGUCCCUCCCGAAUCAUAACAAGAUCUGGACCGUUACAGUGAGCCCAGAGUUGGAGGACCGCACGCCCUUGGUGAUGGUGCAUGGCUUUGGGGGUGGUGUGGGUCUCUGGAUCCUAAACAUGGACUCACUGAGUACUCGGCGCACGGUGCACACCUUCGACUUGCUGGGCUUUGGGAGAAGCUCAAGGCCAAUCUUUCCCCGGGAUGCCCAAGGUGCCGAGGAUGAGUUUGUGGCCUCUAUCGAGACCUGGAGGGAGACUAUGGGUAUCCACAAAAUGAUCCUCCUGGGGCACAGCUUAGGAGGAUUCCUCGCAACAUCUUACUCUAUCAAGUAUCCUGAAAGAGUCAGACACCUCAUCUUGGUGGAUCCAUGGGGUUUCCCUCUUCGACCGACUGACCCCAGUGAAAUCCGGACACCCCCAACUUGGGUGAAGGCUGUUGCCUCUGUCCUGGGUCGUUCCAAUCCUUUAGCUGUCUUAAGGGUGGCUGGACCCUGGGGGCCUGGCCUGGUGCAGCGAUUCCGUCCAGACUUUAAGCAAAAAUUUGCUGAUUUCUUUGAUGAUGACACAAUAUCAGAGUAUAUCUACCACUGUAACGCCCAGCAUCCCAGUGGUGAAACAGCAUUCAAAGCUAUGAUGGAGUCCUUCGGUUGGGCCCGGCGCCCCAUGCUGGAGCGAAUCCACCUAAUUCGGAAAGACGUGCCUAUUACCAUGAUCUAUGGAGCCAAUACCUGGAUAGAUACUAGCACUGGAGAGAAAGUAAAACUUAGAAGGCCAGGCUCCUAUGUCCGAGAUGUGGCUAUUGAGGGUGCCUCACACCACGUCUACGCGGACCAACCACACAUCUUCAAUUCUGUGGUGGAAGAGAUCUGUGAGUCAAUCGACUGAGCUUGCCACCCUUGGAGGAAGGAGAAAAGAGCACCAAGAUUCAGCCCUCAUCUCCCUCUCUCCUUACCGUCGCCUAGGCAGAGUCACAUAUUCUUCUUAGCGGUGGGGCAGGACAAUGAUGAACAGCCCCUCCUGUCCACAUCCUGGAGAUGAGGGGCAGCAGCGGCCUUGAGUUCCCAUCCCAUUCUCAUGCCAAAGUGUUAGCAAUGAGUUGGUUUUUAAGUGUUAUAUAAACUCAGAGAUGUCUUCAUGUACUCUGCUCUCUCUAUACAUCAUGUGUCAAGGGUGGGGGGAGAAACUGGCAAGAUUGGGAAUUUCCCACGACUAUUGCUAUUUCCCCACAGAGGCCUGACAGAAUCCUUAUUCCCUUGGGAAUAUCCUGGAGGAAAUGAAGGCCUAAAUGACUUCUGUUGGUGGCAAAGCUGGGACUAGGCCCAGGCCCUCUGAGACUUCAUGCCACCCUACAGAUCUCCAGAUUUUGUAUUCUUGGAGAAUUAAGCCACUCCAGCUGCCAUAUAAACUCAAGCUUCGGCUGAUAAUAAACCAUAGAUUAAGCCCAGUGUUGUGCUGCCCCCUCCUGACUAUUCACUGGGAGGCCUUAGAGUCUCCCUUCGUGCCUUGGGCAUUGAAGCCCCCUCAUGGAUAAAAGGUGAUCCCUGGUGGAGAUGAGGGCAAAGAUUUCAACUCUUCUCCCAUGGCUCAACUCCCCUGGUAUUAAGAGAAUCUUGUCACCAGCUAUCAGCCCCAACCCAAACCCCUGGAGCCACUGGGGCGCCCAUGCCAACCUGUCAUCAGCACAGAGACUGAUCUAUCGACUUCCCGUGUCCAUGGGGCAUUGCUGUAAGUCCUCUCCUGAGUGGUAGGCCAUGUGGCUGAGACUAGCCACCUAAUCCACAGUAUUUCCCAUCUAUCCAAUCACACACAUCCUUUUUUUUUUUAACCAGGUAUUUCAGUAAUAUUAGUACCCAGUGCUUUAUACUAGCCCACUUACCUUGGGGUCCUUUUCUAUAUUAAUAAAGAAAUGAAAAUGCUUCCA